AUGCAGGAGUACGCUUCACAUGUCCCAUUACCCGAUUCCGAUCUCUCAAUCUCCGAACUUGGUUCCGAUGUGGAUUUCUCCGCAGGGCUAUCCAACUCUUCGAAAGGAUACGUUGACGUACAGAGCUGGCUCCCUGAGCCGUCAAAAGACUCUGUUCUCGGUCUUGCAGGGUCUCUUUUCGAAGCAACACUAGCCCUGUUCAUUACCCUGGCUCGUUGUUUGGCAGGCGAUAAAGACAUACCAAAUUACACGAUAGAAUCAAAAGAGCUGCUCAAGGGGGUUGAGCGGCUCUUCCUAUGGGGCGAUGGAUUUUCCGCUAGUAGCGGCCAGUUGGACGAUAUUUUAUCAAAGUCCAGCGAAUUGCAACAAACCGUACUCUCGACGUUAUACGAACUGGGUGUGACUUUGAGAAAUACAGCUAUACGGACAUGUUAUUCUUCUGGAAGUCACGGACCUCGCGGCUUAGAUGUACCCAUGCGAGAACUACAGGGGUUGUUAGAACAAACUUCGAUUCUCCUUUAUGGGUCAGACGGUUUAGAUGACAAGGACACGGUCUCAGAAAGUGGCUCUUCCACGAGCGAUUUAUCUGAAUGCAUCGAGGACAUCUCUACCUACAUCGAUUGCUUGAUGGACUUGUCCCUUGCCCUCGAAGAUCCAGUGGUUGAUGUCGAAACCGUCGAUGCCGCCAUCCCGAUCUUCCAAGAUCUCGAGACCUUUGAUGUAUCGUCUCCCCAAGCUUUGGCAUUCUGCCGCAAGAUCCGCGACCGGUUUCCCAAACUCGAGAAGUGGCUUGUGGAAAGACUAGGAGAGAAUAAUGCACGUCGAGCUUCAUCUUUGAAUGAGGCACGCGAUCGGUCUUUGGAUAUCGAGGCAAUCAUGUCUGAGAUAGCGAAGUGGACCAUUGAUGAACCAGAAGAGUCCGUAUUCCCCAGUGAGGCUCUCUUCUCAGACAGUCAGCCAAAGCCAACAGAAACGACCCGCUCGACUAAUCUAUCAAACUCUGUGUUUGACAAGUCGAAUCCUGACUCUUUUAGACGGCUUGCGCCUCCAUCAAAGCCAGCAAGACGAGUCACUCAUGUCCCAGCUAGCAAUGCGUCUUUUACAACUUUUGCGUCAUUCUCAACUAAAGCCUCAGCAAUUUCCGAAGAUCUUAGCCCAUACUCGUGUACAGUACGUACCUGCGACUCGGGGACCAAACUAUACAGUUCAACACGAACUUGGGUCGAGCACGAAGCCCAGCACCGACUGCAAGACUGGCAGGGUACCGAAUGCCCCUUCUGCGACAAACAGUCUUCCCUGAUGUCCCCACAAUCGUAUUAUAAGCACGUCGGCGAACAUCUUCGGGAGAUAUCUCUCGCGGCGCUACCGCAUAGCUCAGAUUCAGAUGUUGAGUCCUCAAGUUCAGACGACAAGUCGGAGGAUGGUGACGAUUGGGCAACAGUUCCCCAUUUUCCUGCCCCGUCUGGGACUCUCAAGCGAAAACGCCCUGAGCAAAGCAUACAAGAUCAAAUUGCUUUAGAGGCAAUGAGACAUGGACAGCGAAUUUUGGCGUCAAUGGAUGAAAGCGAUUAA